UUUUGCAUGCCUACUCGCACACUAAAAUUAUCAAGUGGUCGCUCUGGUAUGCAACCGCGUUUGGUUUAUUCGUCCAAGUCGACACUUACGUUCCUUCCUCGCUGUGGCGCUUAAUUUCAAGUGAGACCGGGCAGAAGAAGUGGAACGGGGCAGUACACGCGGCGCAGGCAUUGCUCAGUGUGGUGCUAGGUUUGUUUUUGGCUUCGGUAGGAAAUAAGGUCAACUGGAAAAAAUGGGGUAGUCUGAUACUCGCGGGUGGAACACUGAUUCAAAGCGGAGCGCUAUUCUUUAUGGCAGCCACGCAAGAUUUGUACGCCGCGUAUGGAUGUUUCGUCCUGUUUACGGCGGUUUUUCAAGUUUUGGCUAUUCUGGCAAAAUCCAUGGUAGCCGAAUUCAUCCGAGAAAGGAGUGAAGGCUUCAUCCUGGGUUUAAAUGGUCUCGCAGCCUGCAUUAUCUAUGCGGCACUGACGCUCGUAAUUUCCUCCAGAUUCGGAUUGCGACUCGGGAUUCGUGACCAGAUUUUAUUCCUGUCCGGUUAUGCGCUUGUUCUUGGAGUGGGAUUAUUUCUUUCGGGAGUCGGUUACAGGAAACGGGAUGACAGAACUGGUCUGACACGUGGACAAAUAAAUGAGUCGCAUGCAGCAAGUACUUAAAGAUACUGGUGGUACAUAAAUUCAGUAGGUAUCAAGUUUUGUUUUAUCUUUAUUACUAAUUAAGAUUGAUUUGAACAGCUAUGAACCUACAUUCAUACUUCUAUGAUAAUGUA